UGUAAUAUUUUCUGAGGUAACCCUUCGAAAUGUUUUAAAUCAAACUCAAGAGAUCGGAUCAAACAACUGAUAUUCAUCAAUAAGAAAGAUCAAAAUUGCCUUUUUUGUAAAAUCACGAAUUAAGAGUCUCAUGACAUUUAAACACCAGCUACUGGGCGAUCGGCACUCGUAACGAUUAUGCACUAAUUGAGGGAUAGUCAUUUAAAUACUGUUGACACGACUUGGAUUCGUGUGUCCGAGGCUUGCGUUAAUAAAUAUUUAACUGUCUCCUAGAGAAUCUCGUAAAGCAAACCUCAAACCCGUGACGAUCUUUAGCUCUUGGAGAAACAGGACACUAUAUAGGACAGCUAAGCUCACAAUGGGGUGUGGUUCAUCCUCCCCAAAACCCUCACAGCCCGUUAGAAGCAGGGACAAAGGCGACAUUAUUCUGACGUCAGAGGUAACUGACAGCGACUUUAAAUCAACACAGGCGCAACCAAAGAAACCAGCGCCACAGUCUAAUGGCACAACGCAACGUCAGACAAAGCCAUCUGGACAACUAUCCGGUAACAAGACGCACCACACGAACAACAACAAUGGGGCCGUAAUUGUGAAUUCUAUUUACUCUAAACCGCCAUCCGUCGAGUCGGGGACACAUGAUCUGCUGGUUGAAAAUGUAGAGGAUUUAACAGGAAGUGACGUAAAACCAAAACCAUCCAGAAAAAAGAAAUCCCAAAUCAUGUCAGACCCUGAGAUGUUUAAAGCAAUUGAUAGCCAUGUUGCAAGGACUCCAGCCUCCGUGUGUACCUCUAUUCCCACACUUGUGGAUUACCUUGUCAAAGCAGCACGGACACCUUUGGAAAGAGCUCGGGCAAUUCACAAAUGGGUGACAACAAACAUAAAAUACGACAUUGAGGGAUAUAUGGGAAGAAGUGAGAAAAAGUCAAACGAUGCUACAGAUGUCUUGAAACACCGCUGUAGCGUCUGUGCUGGGUAUAGCAAUAUCUUCGAGACGUUAUGCCGAUGUGCCCAUAUCCCUGUUAUGGUUAUUAACGGAUACGGCAAGGGAUACAGCCACAAGGACGAGGAGGACGUAGACAUUUCCAACUUGAGCACCAACCAUGCCUGGAACGCCAUCUUUGUGGAAGGAGAAUGGCGCUUGCUGGAUUGCACAUGGGAUGCUGGUUAUGUCGAUGGCAAGUCCUUCCACUGGCACAAGCGGGACAAUUACUUCCUCAUGGACCCGGAAUACUUCGUCAGCUCACACUUACCGUUUAUGAAUAAAGACAUCACAACAAGUCAAGCUUGGCAAUUACUGGAUAAACCGGUAGAUCCAAAAACGUUUUUCAAAUCGGUAAAACUGGAGGAGGGUUCGGUGAAAUAUGGUGUGUUUCCACUCUCUCAUAAAGAAACCGUGGUUCAAGUGAAUUGUGAAGCGUGUAUAGAAAUCCAGAAACACUCCGUAGGUGAAAUUGUGGAUACUUUGAUAUCUUUUGUCGACACUGAAGAUAACAAGGAGUACCAACAAUGUGUUGCGACUGAGAGAUCCGGAACUGACGUCAUAAAGUUCAAUGUUCGUCCAUCCAAAGCGGGCACUUACAAACUGACCAUAUUUAUUAAUACACCCGAGGAAGAAAAGAAAUGGGCACAUCUCUUCAAAUACGUUAUAAAGUGUACAAGUGUCCUGGACAAUUUGGUCUUAUUUCCCAACCACCGUCAAUUGUAUGGUCCUAAGCAAAUUUACAAGGAACUAGGCUUUGAUAAAGGUGUUACGAAGAAAGCAAUUUAUUCAACCGACUCUGGAGAACUGGAAAUUAUCCUUCCAACACUUAAGCAAAUGUCGGUUCUAUGUACUUUAGAAACGGAGGACUCCACAAAAUUACAGAACGCCGUCUUUCAACAAUCUACCUCAAACUCCAUUUCCUUAUCCAUCAGACUUCCCCGAACGGGAAACUACAAGCUAAUUAUCUUCGCAACAAACGGAAGGGAACAUGUGGUAGCAAUCACAUACAUGAUUCAGUGCACUAACGUUCUGAAUGAAUUCAGGCCGUAUCCGGUUGUAUUUGGAUCUACUACCACUAAAUAUCAGGUCGUUCUUCAUGAACCCAAAGUCAAAGAGAUUCCCGCCAACAGCCCUGUCGUUUUCAGGUUCUCGUCCCCAGUUCUAAAAUCUGCACAGAUUGGAAAAAAAGUAUUCCAGAAAACAGAUAACAGUGAUGAGUGGAAGAUUACGUUUGACACGCUGGACUCUGGGGCCCAGGUUAAUCUGUUCGGGAGUGCUGAAGAACAAGGGACAAGAGAAGCACUGUUCGGUUUUCUCACGAAGUAGAGAACUCAAGCAAAUACCGUCUACCAUCCAAAACUAAUAAUUUAUAUACAUGUACAAACUUGCAAUCAAUCAGUCUCUUUAACACUAGUACUGAGACAUUUCGAUAACUGAUACGGUGCAAUUAUCUCAUUUAGCAAUAUCACACUCAAUAUCCAUGUAAUUAAACAUUCCAAGAAAUAUUC